GCGGAGACUUAACCUUCAACUCGGUUUUUCUUCUCUGCAAGCAAAGCAAUCCUCUUUCGAACUUUCCAAUAUCGCUCUCACUCAUGGAGGUUGAUUUUAAGGCGUAUCAGUUGCGAUGUGAACUUAGGGGCCAUGAAGACGAUGUUCGUGGAAUUUGCGUGUGUGGCAAUGAUGGCAUUGCAUCAUCUUCUAGGGACAGAACUGUUAGGUUCUGGACUCCAGACUCUUCGGACCAGCGCAAGUUCUCAUGUUCAAAAGUUUUGCUGGGGCAUUCGAGUUUUGUUGGACCGUUGGCUUGGAUUUCACCGAAUGAGGACUAUCCAGAGGGUGGGAUUGUGUCUGGAGGCAUGGACACUCUUGUAUUGGUCUGGGAUUUGAAGACGGGGGAGAAGGUGCAGACACUCAGGGGUCACCAGUUACAGGUUACUGGCGUUGCAUUGGAUGAUGGGGAUAUCGUAUCAUGUUCUGUUGAUUGUAUGUUGAGACGGUGGAGGAGGGGGCAACCUCUAGAAAAUUGGGAGGCUCACAAGGCAGCAAUUCAAGCAGUUAUAAAGCUGCCAUCAGGCGAGCUUGUUACAGGUUCGAGUGACACAACUUUAAAACUUUGGAGAGGAAAAACUUGUUCACGUACCUUUACUGGACAUACAGAUACAGUUCGAGGUUUGGCUGUGAUGUCUGAUCUUGGAAUUCUUUCUGCGUCACAUGAUGGGUCUGUUAGAUUAUGGGCAGUAAGUGGUGAACUGCUGAUGGAGAUGGUUGGUCAUACUGCAAUUAUUUAUUCUGUUGAUUCACAUGCAUCAGGACUUAUUGUCAGUGGUAGCGAAGAUCGUCAUGCAAAAAUAUGGAAAGAUGGCGUUUGUGUUCAGAGCAUAGAACAUCCUGGUUGUGUUUGGGAUGCCAAAUUUCUAGAAAAUGGUGAUAUUGUGACAGCAUGUUCUGAUGGAGCUGUACGUAUUUGGACUGCACAUCAAGAAAAUGUCGCUGACCCACUUGAGCUUGACUUAUACACUUCAGAACUUUCUCAAUACAAGUCUAGUAGAAAGAGGGUUGGAGGACUGAAAUUGGAAGAGUUACCGGGUUUGGAGGCAUUAAAGAUCCCAGGAACAAGUGAUGGCCAGACAAAGGUAGUUAGAGAGGGGGAUAAUGGGGUGGCAUAUGGAUGGAACAUGAGAGAACAGAAGUGGGACAAAAUUGGUGAAGUGGUUGAUGGACCAGACAAUGCAAAUCGUCCUAUCCUUGAUGGUGUUCAUUAUGACCAUGUGUUUGAUGUGGAUAUUGGAGAUGGUCUUCCUAUCCGUAAGCUGCCAUACAACCGAUCAGAUAAUCCAUAUGAUGCUGCUGACAAAUGGCUUCUUAAGGAGAAUCUUCCUCUGUCCUUCCGUGAGCAAAUUGUACAGUUCAUACUUCAAAAUACUGGACAAAAGGAGAUGACUUUUGAUGCAUCUUUCCGUGAUCCCUAUACUGGCUCCAGUGCUUACAUGCCUGGACAACCUUCAUCCUCUGCUGUUUCUGCAAAACCUACUUUCAAGCAUAUCCCUAAGAAAGGGGUGCUUCUUUUUGAUACAGCUCAGUUUGAUGGGAUCCUUAAAAAGAUUACUGAAUUUAACAAUUCUUUACUCUCCAACCAGGAACAGCAGAAAUUGGUUUUGACUGAGCUUGAUGUUCCCAGACUGGGGGCCAUUGUUAAAAUUUUGAAAGAUACUUCACAUUAUCAUUCAAGUACAUUUGCUGAGGCUGAUAUAGCCCUGUUGCUGAAAUUGCUUAGGUCGUGGCCCAUUGCCAUGCUAUUUCCUGUUAUUGAUAUUAUACGGAUGAUGGUUCUUCACCCAGAUGGGGCCAACCUAUUUCUAAAGCAUCUGGAAGCUGAAAAUGAUAUAUUAUUGGAAUUUAUUAAGAAAGCCACGACAAAUCCAACAAUUCCUGCAAAUCUGUUGACCAGUGUUCGAGCUGUUACUAAUCUCUUUAAGAAUUCGGCAUACCACAGCUGGUUGCAAAAACAUCGCAGCAUGAUUAUUGAUGCUUUCUCAAGCUGCAGUUCAUCAGCAAACAAAAAUCUGAAGCUGUCCUACUCUACUUUGCUACUUAAUUACGUGGUGCUGUUGAUUGAGAUGAAAGAUCUAGAAGGUCAAUCUCAAGUUUUAUCCGCAUCACUUGAGAUUAUAGAAGAUGAAAAUGUGGAUGUUGAUUCCAAAUUCCGGGCUUUUGUUGCUGUUGGAUCACUGGUAAGUUUAUGUUUUUCAUUUAUUGAGUAGAUGCAAAGUUGUCAUUUAUUGUGAUGCAAGUGA